CGAAUACUACUACGUAACAUUCAAGUACAAGCUCUCGAGGCAUACAUACUGUUGUUUGUGCCAUUUACUAAGAGAUUGCUGCAGUUUUGGACGGAGUUUAUCUAUUAAGAGUACAGAAAACAGCAUCUAGAUAACAAUAUGUGUGGAAGAACGGCCUGUACCCUUGCUCCUGACGAAGUAUGCAAAGCCUGCAGCUCCCGGGCACUCGACAGCAAAGGGAACAAGCAGUAUCGAGCAGCUGACUGGCGUGACCAUCCAGGGAACCACAAUUAUUCACCGAGACAAAAUGUGGCACCCACGUCAUUCACUCCAGUUAUGUUGAGUGAACGCCAUGUACGUGGAGUGAAGAGACAAAGUGAGGGAGAGGAGGUGCCAUCCAAGUAUGUUAUACAGCCGAUGAUGUGGGGCCUUAUUCCUCCAUUUUAUAAGGGACCUUCAGCCACAGGUCAUGGGUUCAAGACAAACAAUUGCCGUGUGGAAGACAUAGAGGAAAAGAAGUCGUACAAACCUUCACUGCUGAAAGGACAGAGGUGUGUUGUCCUGUGUGAUGGCUUCUAUGAGUGGCAGAGCACAAAGGGAGAAAAAGACAAGCAGCCUUACUUCAUUUAUGCGCCACAACCAGAAGGGGUGGAGAUCUGGAAUCGGGAUACGUGGGACAAGCCUGAUGUUUGGAGUGCAGAGGAAGGUUGGAAGGGACCUCGUUUACUGAAAAUUGCUGGACUCUUUUCCAGUUGGACAUCAACGGAGGGGGAGGAAGUGAUGAGCUACACAGUGGUGACCAUGGAAUCUGGGAAAAAAUUUGGCGAACUUCAUCACCGUGUUCCUGCCAUUUUGGAGACUGACCAGGAUGUUGAGGACUGGUUAGACCACAGCCGCUUGGGCUACAAGGAAGCUCUUGCAAACUUGAAGAAUGAGACAGAAAUAACCUGGCAUCCAGUCUCCAAAAGUGUCAAUAACUCUCGCAACCAAGAAGGGGAUUUGAUGUCUCCAGCCAGCCUCGAUCAAAAACCUAAAGAGACUGCCAGCAGCAAACUGAUGGCUUCUUGGCUAAGCAAAGCACCUCCCAAACAAAGUGGAAUAAAGAAAGAACCCACAACCCCAGACAGUAUUAAGAAAGAAAGCCAAGCAGCAAGUGUCAAAAAGGAAGUGAAGCCUUCGCCUUUAGCCAAGUGGCUUAAAAAGGAACCCAAAAAUGAAAAGGAAUGAAAUGGACUUCUUUAAUGUUGAAAUUAACCUGUCUAAGCCACUUUUACUUGUAUGAAGUGAAAAAUGACUAUAUUUACAAAAAACAACAAGUUCUUUUAUGCUUGGGUGAGCAUAGAAAAGAUUGGAGAUGAAAGUGUAGUUGAAAGGACAGAUUGUGCAAGUACCUGUUUGAAUUGAAGAUAGUACAAUGAAAUAAAGUUUUAAUUUAGCAUACUUUUCCCAUGUAAUAAGGCAUAAUUACAAGGUGUUUCAAUUAUCAUGUAACCAUAAGUAAUACUAUGGCAAAAAAAACAUGUCCUAAGUACAUGUAACCAAUAUUAAUAGAGUGACAAGAAAAUGGGUGUGUCCUAAUAAAAACAUUCAGCUAGUGUAUUUGAUUUACACACACAACAAUUAUUUUAAGAAGACAUAUUUUAAUAAAGAUUUUUUUUUAAAUGUUUUCUUUUUCAUUUGCAAGAUAGGUGAUGGAACCUUAUAUGCAAUUUUUCAGUAAUGUUAUUGAGUAGGCAAGAGCAAAAAGUAUGAAAUAUGCUUAUGUUUAGUAAGCUCCUCAUGGAUAUGUUGUGUGCAUUUUUUCUGCAUAAAAGUGUUAUAUUAAUACUUGCAAAGAUGUGAUAUUUCUAGUUCAUAACAGUUAAUUCUAAAAUUAAUGAAGCAAAGAUACUUCUACUUAUCCAGAAUUUUUCAUUUGUGAAAAAUGCACUGAGAAUUCUUCCCUCACCAUUUAUAAAGGAGAACUGACAUUAACUGAUGUGACAUGUGAUAAAAAACAUCAAGUGAUCAUUUACCAUUCUUGUAUAGUAAUGCCUAGAUAUAACAUCAUCUUUACAUAAUAAAGUUAUUCAUAACAUAA